GGAAGGAUGCCCGGAAGUGAAUACCUCUAAUUAAUUAUUGAAAUGGUUGGUUAUUUUGUAUUUAAUAGUUAGUACAGUCAUUAGACCACAUUCAGCUGGUUUUACACAAUAUCCAUUAAUAUAGUCAAACGAUUAUUUCGGAGUUUCAUAUCAGCUACAUUUUUUACCUUCUUUAUGUCAACUGCUUCACGUGUUGGUCUUCUGUCAAGAGAAAGUGGAAUACCAUGUGGAUACGAUUACGAAGACCAUUGAAGGAGGUUUAUAACUGCUUUAAACCACUUAAAGACGGAUUUAUUGGACACAAGUGGCUGUGCACGUCUCCGUGUGUGGCUGAAUGCGUCCCAGCCUUACCUACAGCGAGCAGGCUCACGGUGGAGCAAGCUGUCAAGUUAUGGACAGACCAUUUCCAGCAAAGAGGUGUCUCAGAGCCACAUCUCUCCAGCCAGUACAUCAUUGCACAUUUGCUUGGUGCUAAAACAUUAGAGGGCAUUGGACAGGACAGGCUGGCUGAAUUCCUGACACAAGAACAGACAGAGCAGACAUGGGAGCUCUGUUCCAGACGUCUCAACAGAAUGCCAGUGCAGUAUGUGAUUGAAGAGUGGGACUUCAGAGAUCUGACACUGAAGAUGAGACCUCCCGUGUUUAUCCCCCGGCCUGAAACUGAGGAGUUGGUUGGCCUAGUGCUUACAGAUCUCCAGAUGAAGCAGGGGACUGGAUUAAGUGAGGAGACCAGCUUCAGGUGCCUGGAAGUGGGUUGUGGCUCUGGUGCUAUCUCCCUCAGUUUACUUAAGAGUCUCCCACAGCUCAGAGCGAUUGCUUUAGAUAAAAACAAGGAUGCUGUGGAUCUGACAAGAGAGAACUCACACAGUUUGGGGUUCCAGGACCGACUUGAGGUUCACCAUAUGGAUGUGAUGAGAGAUGCAGACAUAAUUGUGAGCAUGUGCAGUCCAGUCUCCGUUUUGGUCAGCAACCCUCCGUACCUGUUCUCAGAGGAUAUGAUAUCACUUGAACCUGAAAUCCUCAGGUUUGAGGACCAUGCUGCUCUGGAUGGGGGGAAAGAUGGCAUGCAGGUGAUGAGACACAUUCUGACUCUGGCUCCAAAGCUCUUAUCCAACCAUGGGUACCUUACCGCUCAUCAUAUCCAUAUGGUGAAACUCAAGUCAGUUCUGGAGCUACAAACUGUAUUGGAAGUGUUUAUGCAGGCCACAGUGUUUGAUUUUAAGGAAAUAUUCACAGUAGGCCAAUAUUAUUUUAGAUGUACUGUUUUGUGGCGCACACUAAGAAGCUUUCUGUCUAGUCACUCUGUUGUAUCUAUUGUAAAGCAGGUCUCACUACUUCAAUCUCUGUUAUUCAAUGGUUUGAGAAGUUUCACUUCACUGUGUUUUCAUUUCUUCCUGUCUCGCAGUCGUGUAUACUUGGAAGUAGACCCACGUCAUCCACAGCUCAUCCAGAAGUGGGUAGAGGAAAGUGUCGAAGAGUUACACUACUUGCACACGCAUCGUGACAUCACUGACAGGCCCCGUUUCUGCAUCCUUCAAAAAAAGGAGUGCAACACAGAUCAGGACCAGGACCAGCAUUGAGAGACUGUGUGAGAUAUGGAUCCUGUUUCACUGGCUUCAGACCAGCCUGCUACAGCCUCAACACCCACCAUCCAUCUGCCACGUACUGUACACACUACUGAGCUCAAAUAAUGUAGAAAUUCACAAACACACACAUAUACAUAUCGUAGAUGGGCUUCAUUUAUACCUGAGGACGUUGUAGGUGCUAAUGUGUGUUUGUGUGGCAAUAAAGGAGUGUGAUCGUGACCGA